AUGCAGCUCAUCCAGGCAUUUCUAAUGGUCACUAUCCUUUGUGUGGCUACAAUCAACGCUGAAAAUCCAGAGUUCCAGAACGACAUUCGACAACCAUCGAACGACACAGACACGAAUACUGGAAAGGAUUCUGUUGCCAAGGGUUUUGAUGUGAAUAAAGUCGAAUUCUCAGUAAGUGACCCUAGCGAAGAAGGAGGCGAAAAUGUUUCAAAAGACCACACGCCUUUGAUAGCAGCUGUGGGUGCGUGUGCGUGUGUUGGUGUGUUGGGUGCAGUCUACAUGAAACGACGGAAGCAAAAUGAGAAGUUACCGGGUGAGAUUUUCACAAUUGACGAUAAAAACUCGGUUUUGUAA